AUGGAGUCUCUCGAGACGAUCCAGGCAGCGCUGGUUGCUGAUCCAGGCAACGCACAGCAGACGGCGCAUAAGGGCGAGGUCGUGACGGCGCUCAAGGCGCGCCUCGCGGAGGUGAUGGCGAAGCUGGAGAACGACACAGACAAUGAGGAGAUGCUCACCCUCGCCGCCGAUCUUGGAGAGGUGAUCGAAAAUGCCGAGAAGUAGAGACAUCCCCCCAGCCAACGCACAUACACACCAAACACACACACACACAUGCAUCACCAGUCGGUGUCAACAACGAAGAGGCUCUAAUAUCCUUCCGUGACCCGGUGUAUUGAGAUUUUGGGACUAGCUAGACACUGACUGUGAGAGACGCAGCUGCUUCGAGGCUGUUCCCACUCUCUCGGUUCGCGAGACUCUGUAAGAUUUGCAGUUCCAGACAUGCAGACACGGCAAAAACCAUGUUGUCCAAGCUCUAUGUCGAAUAAAAUGUCAUUCUUUGAUUGCGCAUCAACACCCGCGUGUAAAUCGGCGUU